AUGAGUUGUAUAUCAAGUUGUUCUGAACCCGUCACUUAUAACAAUCGUAUUAAUACAUUAAUCGUUAUAUUCCAGUACCGACGCCGGUGUCCAAAGACUUCCCGCUCUAAACAAGGAACACUCCGGGAACAUGAGCGACCCAACUGUACCGACGCCGGUGUCCAAAGACUUCCCGCUCCUAACAAGGAACACUCCGGGAACAUGAGCGACCCAACUGUACCGACGCCGGUGUCCAAAGACUUCCCGCUCCUAACAAGGAACACACUCCGGGAACAUGAGCGACCCAACUGUACCGACGCCGGUGUCCAAAGACUUCCCGCUCCUAACAAGGAACACUCCGGGAACAUGAGCGACCCAACUGUACCGACGCCGGUGUCCGGUGUCCAAAGACUUCCCGCUCCUAACAAGGAACACUCCGGGAACAUGAGCGACCCAACUGUACCGACGCCGGUGUCCAAAGACUUCCCGCUCCUAACAAGGAACACUCCGGGAACAUGA